CAUCACAAAGCGCUUUACAAGAUACGAGACUAUGUUGUUCUACUAGUCACAUAAAUACGCAUAGGAGAUUUAUGCUAAAGCUGCAGACAUAUCUGUCAUCCGACGAUUAACGCUAGAAGUUUAGUGACAAAACUACCGUCUUCUACAAUGUUUUUUUUUUACCUUCGCAUUAGUCACCAAUUUAAUAAUAUAAUAACCCCCUGUGCAAUUUCAUGGUGAAUAAUGAGAUAGCAUUUGCCGUCCGAUAAAAGUACAUACACAGUUUAAAAAAACAAUGCAUACUCUGCAGCUGUAAGAUCAGUGCACUUUUUUUUUUUUUUUUUUUUUUUUGAGCGUUUGCUCUUUCGGAUAUAUGCACGUGUCAAUGCAUGCAUGCAGUAAACUGCAAAUGCACCAAUCAAUGUGAGUCUGAAGAUGUGUGUGAUACUCCUGCGAGGUUCGCCUAUAAUAGUGUCCGAAAAUGAGGGGAAUAACAGCAACCAAAACCCCAGCACACCAAGAGCAUGGUGUCAAGCUGCACAAAAAUUCACUGGAGGAAUCAGCUCAAAACUGUGUGCAAUUCUUUCUACUGGGGAAGGUGAAAAAGCAGCAAAUCUCGCCGCUAAACAAGAGGGAGCGACUUUAGGGGCAUGCAACUGUAAGGAGCCUUGUACCUGUUCCAAAAAUAAUAUUGAUUUCUCUAUCCUGUAUUCAACAGACCUCCUGCCUGUAAGCAAUGGAGAUACAGCAACAAUAGCCUUUCUACAAGAAGUUAUGGACAUUUUACUUUCAUAUAUAGUGAACACAUUUGACAGGUCUACAAAAGUCAUUGAUUUCCACUAUCCAAAUGAAUUACUUCAAGCUAACAAUUGGGAACUUACUGACGAGCCAGAAACCCUGGACGACAUAUUAUUGAACUGCAGAUCAACGAUGAAAUAUGCUGUUAAAACAGGCCACCCCAGGUACUUCAAUCAGCUUUCUACAGGAUUAGAUAUGGUUGGUUUAGCAGCCGACUGGCUGACAUCUACUGCUAAUACUAAUAUGUUCACCUAUGAGAUUGCCCCAGUGUUUGUCCUGAUGGAAUAUGUCACUCUAAAGAAAAUGAGGGAGAUGAUUGGCUGGCCAGAUGGCAGUGGAGAUGGAAUAUUCUCACCAGGUGGAGCGAUAUCUAAUAUGUAUGCGAUGCUGGUAGCUCGAUACAAGAUGUUCCCUGAAGUGAAGGAGAAGGGAAUGUCAGCUGUUCCAAGACUGGUUGCCUUCACUUCUGAACAUAGUCACUUUUCCAUUAAGAAGGGGGCAGCAGCUUUAGGAAUUGGCACAGACAGUGUUAUUUUGGUCAAGGUCGAUGAGAGAGGUAAAAUGAUACCGUCAGACCUUGAACGAAGAAUAUUUGAAGCCAAACAGAAGGGUUGUGUGCCGUUCUUUGUAAGUGCUACAGCUGGCACUACAGUGUAUGGAGCGUUUGAUCCACUCAUUGCCAUCGCAGAUGUUUGCCAGAAACACAAAGUCUGGAUGCAUGUUGAUGGAGCCUGGGGUGGUGGAUUGCUGAUGUCCAGGAAGCAUCGAUGGAAAUUAAAUGGAGUCGAAAGGGCAAAUUCUGUCACAUGGAAUCCGCACAAGAUGAUGUCUGUCCCAUUGCAGUGCUCCGCUCUACUAGUCAGAGAAGAGGGAUUGAUGCAGAAAUGCAACCAGAUGCAUGCCUGCUACCUCUUCCAGCAAGACAAGCAUUACGAUCUGUCCUAUGACACUGGUGACAAAGCCCUGCAGUGUGGUCGCCAUGUUGACAUUUUUAAGCUGUGGCUGAUGUGGAAAGCCAAGGGCACCAUAGGCUUUGAAGCCCAAAUUGACAAGUGCUUGGAGCUCUCAGAGUACCUUUACAACAAAGUAAAGAACAGGGAAGGCUACGAAAUGGUUUUUGAUGAAAAACCUCAGCAUACAAACGUCUGUUUCUGGUACCUGCCACCGAGUCUUCGCUAUGUGGAAAACAAGGAGGAGAGAUUGAGACGCUUGAGUAAGGUAGCACCAGUAAUCAAGACCAGAAUGAUGGAGUAUGGGACCACAAUGGUAAGCUACCAGCCACAAGGAGACAAGGUGAACUUCUUUCGUAUGGUCAUCUCAAACCCAGCUGCAGCUUUUGAAGACAUUGAUUUCCUUAUUGACGAAAUUGAGCGACUUGGACAGGACUUAUAGGCUGGUGUUUUCGUAAAUGUCCUUAAUCGUUAGACAAAGGAAGCGUUUGUUGUGAAUGUACCAGUAUUUUAUUUUCUCCAAAAAUGAUCUAUUUCUGUAUUGUGGUGUAGCAAUGAACAGCAGUAUGUCAAGAACAGCUAUAAUUAAAUGUUAAGUUAAGCUUUUGUCUGUCCUUUGUAUCUGGACUAGAAAAUUGUAUUCUAUCUAGUUAAACUAAACUUACAUUGUUGAAAACAUGAAACUAGUUUAACGUGUUGAGCAAUUCAUUUGAGAUUACAAUGAAUGAUAGUAAGACAUGGGUAUCAUGAGAAGGAUGUGAAGGAAGAUGACUUUUUUAGAAGGAAUACUACUUACCUCAAACUUAAAACACUGUCUUUAAGAAAAAAAAAAGGUUCCAGCAGUCUUUCUGAGGUAGAAUCAGGUUUAUACGUGUGACAAUCUCUACAUUAUAAGCUUGAACCUUUAAGUUACAAGUUUGAAAUAGUAACAAAACCAUUGCACAAGCACACUGGAAACAAACCAUUGCACAAGCACACUGGAAACAAACCAUUGCACAAGCACACUGGAAACAAAGCAUUGCACAAGCACACUGGAAACAAAAACAUUGCACAAGCACACUGGAAACAAAACCAUUGCACAAGCACACUGGAAACAAGGUAGCACCUUGCUGAUAUCUAAAUCGUUUUUUUUCAGCAUUAGUAGUUGUUAUUAAACAGAAUUUGCUCUGUAAUGGCACAGACAAUUAUUUAGAGGUUUUUUGUGUUUAUUUUUGUUUCCCUCUAGCACAUUUCUUUAAUUGCCAAGCUGUAUUGCCAAAUAGAUUCACAGUAUUGAGAUUCAGUGCAAGUGCAUUUUUUGAUUAUCGGGGUCCUGGACUGAAUCAAAAUGAUGACGCUUCCGUAACCAUUACUGUACGUGACAGCAUUGGCAGCUUCUUAAACUUUGAUUUCAUUCAGGUCAUGUGUAAGAGGGCUCAUUUUCACACAUAGCAAGCUCAAGUAGUUUAUAACAGCGAGUGUCUCUCAGCUCUUGAAUAUCUACUGUCAUAUAUUGUAUACUUUCAUUUGGCUGAUUAAAUGUGUACUUAAUGAAAGCACAACUGAACACAGAUACAAAUGUUUAAGUUAAUUUAGGUAGUGAAUUGCUAUAUAUUUAUCCACAUUUGUAUUACUGUUAUAUAUUAUUUGACUUAUAUUGUUGUGAUUUAUUGUGAUCAAAUGCUUGGUAAUUGCAAUGUUUUAAUUUAAAUAUAUAUUGUGUAUUCAGGGUCAGGCUUUACUGAAACAGUGCUAUGGUGUCCAUCAAAAAUGUUGCAUAGCAAAACAAAGUAUAAGUUCUAUUUUUAGAACUGCAGUGCAGGUUGCAAAAUAUUGUGCCAAGCCAUUUUAAAACCCUGUGUUUAAGUAAUAUAGACGCUGUAUGAUGUGCCAAUAUUGUAAAGCUGAACAGAAAGUGUAUAUGUGUGUCUGUAACUGUGUUGCCUUUGUAUGUACUGGAUUACUAGCCAGUGUAGUCUCCUCAGACUGAGGCUGUGCACUUUAGAGUCUAUGUGUAAGGUAAAGCUCAACAAGCUUGUGCUCUGUGUAUGGUUGUGUAUUUCUUGAUGUCAGGAGUGUUAUAGUAUGCGUUACACACACUGCUUACAUUGCGGGUUCCUCAGUGUUGAGAACGUCCAGUCCGUAAUGUUGCAGUCUAACUUUAAACAUCUGCUUCCUGUAAUAUCAGAUUGAAGUGUUGCAAAAAGGGUUUGUGUUUUAAACCAGUUUAUGACUUUGUAACUGAUCACAGCUAUAGUGCGGGGGGGGGGGGGGGGGGGGUGCGUGUUUGUGUGUGUUUGCGUAUUUUGCAAAGUUAAGUAGAGUCUACAACUAAGCAACUUUAUUGAGCAAUUGCUUGCAUGGAAAAUCACAAUAUCCCAACACGUGUGGUGGUGGACAGCUGAAAUAACAGGCAAUCUAGGAAACAAUGACUCAGAAAUGGGACACAUACAAGCAGCUAAACAUAGAACAAUGCCCUGCAUUCCAUUAAUUCAACCUGGGGGUUUGGUUGCCUUUUAAUAAUCCUUUCUGUAUUACUGUGCAUACAAUGAUUAAUCGAUAACUACUGCUAUGACUGCUACUGCUUCUACUGCCUAUAUUACUACUACGACUCAUUUUACUUCUAUGACACCUUUGUAGUGCUUCAUUACUCGACUGCAGCAUGGCUGCGUUCUAUUGUUUCUGCUUAAAAAUCUUACUGUCUUGUGUUCUGCUAUAGCUUUGCAUGGUAUCGCUAGUAUAUAAUGGUAGUCAAAGAGCAGCUCACUAAUUGCCAAGUCACUUGCAAAGCUAAUUGUAAGAGUUGUGUAGCAUUGUACGAUCUGCUGUACUUGUGCUCUGUUUCGUACAGUCUGCACAGCUGUCUUUCUGAAAUGCAGUUCAGUAAGUAUGACAAUGAGAAGCUUGCUGUCUCCAUGCUUGUAUAUGUUCUUUGAAUGCAUUCGUCGUUAUUGAAGCCUUUAAAGCAAUGCUUGCUGUACCAGCCAAAAAAAAAAAAACAUACAUAGAUAGAUAUUAACAGUGCUUUACAUGUAUAUUUAGUGUAUUUUAUAUGACGUUUGACUUAGUUUAAAAGGCAAUCAGUUUAGCAUGCCAGCUAUGGUUCUGCUCUGCAUCUACUCUAGUUUACUAUGGCUUACCAUGGUUUUUAAUAAGCUUUACUAUGGCUCUGUGUGCUUUACAGUGCUUACCAUGCUUUGACUACUGUUACUACAUUCCUAUGCUUUUACCACUCUAAACUUUAAGUAAGGACCAUGUUGAAUUCAACUGAAAUUUUAAUUUCACAGCCUCGUACCAUGCAGCGCAACACUGCCAUGUAACCAACUUCUCAAAUGAUAUACAGGUGCAGGCAUCAAAGAAUUUCAUGGCAUUGCUACAGUCACAUUUGUGACAGUUUUUUGGAGCAAUCAAACUAAUUUAGCACAUUUGAUUUAAUUGUGUCCCACGGAAUUGCAACCCUUCAAAUGAAUCCCUUAGAACAUUAGCCAAUAUGAAUUUUAAAGUAACACUUAUAUGGAAAUAAACACAUCAGCUUAUUGUUUUGUUCAAGGUUAAAACCUGAGGACCAAGACAAGACAACCUGCUAUAUAAAAAUAAGAUGUAUCUAAAUUAUGUUGUACUAUUACUUUCUUGCAGUUUGCAUUACUAUGGGGCACAAAAAAAAAUUAUAUAUAUACCAUAUAUAUAUAUA